UUGUCAUUUGCAUAAGAGUUGAUAUAAAAAUCCUCGGGCAGCGCCUGUCUCCGUCCAGAGCGGUUGCUGCAGAGAUCUGAAGUCCUCCUGCCCGCGGCAUCACUGAUUAAUCUGCAGAAAUGUCUGACAAACCAGAUAUGGCCGAGAUUCAGAAAUUCGAUAAAUCCAAAUUGAAGAAGACAGAAACGCAAGAGAAAAACCCACUCCCUUCAAAAGAAACAAUUGAACAGGAGAAGCAAGCGGGUGAAUCGUAAUGAAAUCUGCCCUGCCAAUAUGCACUGUACAUUCCACAAGCAUUGCCUUCUUAUUUUACUUCUUUUAGCUGUUUAACUUUGUAAGAUGCAAAGAGGUUGGAUAACGUUUAAAUGACUGUGCUGCCCCUGUCACAUCAAAACAAAACAAAAAAAAAAAAGAAUUGAGAACUACUGACACUGAAUGAAGGCGCUACCUUUCCAUCUCCCUGCCUGUGUGGCUGAUUUGGGUCCUGGUGGCAUGAAAAGAGCUUGCAUGUUGGUGAAGAGAAGCGACUGGGUGGGACUUACAGUAAUAAACGCAGAGUAAAUGCAAAGCUGUACCAAGGUCCUCCAAGCUGUAAAAUGCAGUUAAAUCAGAGUGCCAUUUUUUUUUGUUCAAAUGAUUUUAAUUAUUGGAAUGCACAAUUUUUUUAAUAUGCAAAUAAAAAAGUUUUAAAUCUG